AUGAAGUUCAAGGGGUACCAGCAGUUCCUGAGCCACUUCAACUUCUCGGACCAGGACUACAACGCCAUGCGGUCCACCCGCUGGCAGUACGCCGAAUACCUGUCGGCUACCGACUCGCACCUGGUGGCGGAGCGGCGGCUGGUGGCUGACCACGCUCGCGGGCUGAAGCACACCAUCGAGGUCAAGGACCUUACCACUGCGGAGAGGCAGGUGAUAGAGGGCCACGAGCGCCAAGGGGUGAAGCGAGAGGAUGACUACGGUAUCGUCGCGGCCAAUGCGGCCAACGGGGCCGAAACCGAGCAAGUCCCGGAAUCGGUGCCCACCGGUGACGGCGACGAUUAG